ACGCUCCGGAUUGGUCGAGAACGCAGCGCACAUUCACAGGCCGAUGUGAGAGAGAGAAAGACUGCUGAACGCCGGCAGAUGAGAGGAGAGCGGUCCAAAACAACUGUCUGAAAGGAAAGAUCAAAGAUCACGAAGAAUCAUGGAGUCGAACACGGAGCGAACGUUUGCUGACUUUUCCGGAUCUUGGAAAAUGAAAAGCUCUGAAAAUUUCGAGGAACUUUUAAAAGCUCUCGGUGUCAAUGUCUUUCUGAGGAAGAUUGCAGUUGCAGCAGCUUCCAAACCGGCUGUUGAGAUUACACAGCAGGGAGAAAGUCUCUCCAUUCAGACCUCCACUAGCGUGCGGACCACUCAUGUGUCCUUCACGGUGGGCGAGUCCUUCAACGAGGCUACGGUGGAUGGACGCCCAUGCACAAGUUUUCCAAAAUGGGAGACAGACCGUAAAAUCACUUGUGAGCAAACGCUGCAGAAGGGGGAGGGGCCUGAGACAUCAUGGACACGUGAACUGACCAAUGAUGGGCAGAUGAUUCUUACCAUGAGAGCCGGAGAUGUUGUCUGCACCCGUGUGUAUGAACGAGACUGAAGGAUCCUUAAAUUUCAGUUCUUUCUAUUCCAUUCCGUGUCAUUCAAUGUGCUAAAAUGCUAGUUUAUUAUUGUACAAAUAGCCUGUUCCUUCCAAUUUUUGUAUGUUUGACAUGUGCUAAGUUUGUGUGCCAGAGAAGGAGAGGUGUUUGAAGGGUCAGACGUGGUACUUGUAUAAAGAUGGUAGUGAGUUUGCAUUGUUCUUUUUGGUGCAUUUGGCUGAAAAGUGUAUUUAUUUUUGUUGGUGGUGCAUUUUAUGUUGCAGUCUCAUGUAUAUGCCACAAUGUGGCUUAUCAAGCAAAAAUGUUUUUAGCAAUAAACCUUUAUACUUAUAAACCCCCAAAAAUCUUAUGACUAAUUCAUUGUCAUCUCUUUGACACUAACCUCGGUUGCACUUUUACACUCAUUUUCUGCCUCAUUCCUUUUCUUCAAAGUGUUCUUUGUAUCUGUUCUUGCUUUCUGUCUUCUGAUCCAACCACUUACAGUUUUGAACAGCACUGUAAAUUUGUAUUUCAUGAGUGUACAUCAACUGUUAAAUUAUUUUCUGGCAAGGAGUAAUGGGGGGAUGAGGGAGAGGUAUGGAAAGAGUGAGCAAACGCUAGCAAAGAAAAAUAAUUUCAUAUUUUUAAGGUUAUAUUCCCUCUGCUCUUUCUCUCAUCUGUUGCUAGUUACUGCAUGAGGUCAGAAAGAACGGCUGUCAUUUCUCAUGCUUUUUGUCUUUCUACAGCCAGAUUCCUGAUCCAAACUGUUUUUUCUAAAUCUAGGGCAAAUACUUCUGAAAGUUUAAUAAAAUAAUAUGUAUAAGUAAAUGAUGCAAAAUGACACUGAUGAAAAGCAAAAUUAAGUUAAAAAUCUUUCUUCCACUCUCCGUAUCUGUCUUUUUCUCUGCACACACACAUUUAUUUAGCAGCGUUCAGAGACUGCUGUGUUUUUUCAGUCUGCUGCGAUGAUGAAUUUUCCAGGUUCCAGACAACAAAGCUCACAGU